CUAUAAAUUUAAAUUUAACCUCGUGCAGUUAUACUACCUCCUGUUCAAAACAGCUGUUUUUGUUUGUCUCAUAAAACAAAUUAUAGUUCGCAUAACGCCGGCGCUAAAUUUGACUUCCCCAAAUCGAUUUUAUAAUCAAGACAUUACGAAUUCUAAUAGCGAUCACAUCGAACCAGGACUGCAUCUGGUCUGUAGUUCGUGGAAAAAGUUUCCAAAUGCAAUUCAACCGAACCAAAAUGAGAAUGUUAUUCUAAAUCGAACAGUUGCACUGGUAAAACAUACGGAUGCCCAAGAAAACAUCAACAAAGGAUUAAGCUGCGAAAACAACGAAGAAAGCUUCAGAAUAAUCAGAAAAGUCCAAAGAAACUUGAAGCAUUCAUUUGAAUUGAACCAAAGCUUCCCAACCAUCAAAAAGAACAUACGAUCGAGACCCUAUUAUGAACGAUUCGAUGAGAAUAAGCAUUUCAAACUGAACACUACAACUGGAAUGGAUAAAAUACGAGUCGAUGGCUUUAAUGGUUUACGUUUCUCUGCUCGCCGAAAUGGAUGCUUUACACCACCUGUUAGCAGUGGUUCACCAUACAGUGGAUCGCUCGUAACUUCAACAUCUGAAUCUCUAAGAGUUUCGCAGGCUGGUAUCAAUCCGAAUAAAGCGGUUUUCACUAUUGAAAGGAAAACAUCUCAGAUUCUGAUUGUUAAUCGGAAUGCUUGUGAACUGCUGGGAUAUACACCAAAUGAACUGUGCUCCAUGCAACUGUCCAAUCUUCUUUCGAAUAAGAAGAAGAAUCAUGUAUCUGCACUGGCCGAAGGUCAAUUGAAUAGUGAAGACGGAACAAUGGUUUUGUUGAGCGGUAAAGUGGUUGAAAUGACCACAAAGCAUGCAACUAAAGUGGCCGUUUCGUUGUGGAUUCGACAAAUCGACGACAAGACAUGUCUGGCUAUCGCUGAACUUGUCGAGCGUCGCAUAUCCCAAAUCACAAUCGAUCGCAAUGGAACCAUCAUAAGUGGUGACUAUGAAGCUCUGCUGCUGUUUCAGCUGGAAUCGGUCGACCAAUUCACCGGAAUGGACAUUCACUCCGUCAUACCAGCCAUUCAAUUGCCAAGCUCCGAUUCAAGCAUGAUUUCGAAAAACAUAGAAAAACAAAAGGCGACGGGUAAAACCACCGAUGGAAUAUCAUUUCCUUUAUGCCUAAUGAUCAGUCAUCAGGAUAAUGGCGCUGACUCAUCGGAUAGCGGAAUGAGUAACAGUUCUUGUUCGUACGUUGUUACAGUUUGGGUGUUUCAGAAUAUCAGUGGAUUGCUUGUUAUCGACGAAAACGGUUUAAUCGAGUCGUGCAAUCAUCAUUUCGCCAAUCUGAUGUUUGGCUAUACGCAAAACAAAAUAAUUGGCAUGGACAUCAUCAAUCUUAUACCAAAUUUCGGACAAGAAAUCUACUAUCUGGGCUGCACGCGCAGUCGAAACGCAACUACGUCGUCACUUGACAAUGAUGAAUCCGAAACGGAAACGGAAGACAUUAUCAAUCAAUCGGAAUGCAUUUCCAAUUCAGGAAUGGCGUGUGUCGAUAUAUCAAAGGCCUUAAGUGAACCCGUCAACAUUGGUGCUCAAAAUUCAAUAUCGAAAGAAUUUAAAGACUCGAACCCUAGCUCCCUUCUACUGAAGUCAACGUCGGAGAACAUUUUCAUGAUAGAGGACUGCGAGAACAAUCGAAAUGCUGCGAACGUCGAAAAGAUUCAAAGUUUUGAUCUGCCAACACCAGUGAAUGAAGACUGUAGUUUGUCGGAAAGUCUAAGUAUAAGCAAACCACAAAAGAGAACUGCCGAUAGUUAUGAGGCCUUUAACAUGAUCGAUUCGUGUAAUUUGUCGGAAUUGUCUAAAAAUGAUAACUGUGAUAAGGAGGAUACAAACGAUGUUCAUUUAUUUACGUCCACGCCAUGCGCCAGACGCUUUUCCAAUAUGAUGUAUGCCAGACCAAUGGCCGAUGGACGAUACAAGGGCGAGGCUGUGCAUUGUGAUGAAAAUUUGAUAGAUAUUGUGUAUACGAUUUCGAAACAGAUGCUGCCAUGCGGCCGGAAAGUCUAUUGUGUUUGGAUAUGUCGAGAUCCAGACAUUGAGAACGAUAUCGACGAGAAUGGAAAGCACCAAAAUUUAACAUUAACAUUCAAUAGCGUUAACAGUACAAUAGAAAAUUCGCUGGGACAAGCCAUUCGCUAUACAGCCGCGCAAAAUUCCAGUCGUCCAAAUUCGGUGUCACUGCUGUCUCAAUGUGAAGAUGAUCAAGUCAGUGGUGAUUACAACAAUUAUUAUACUACUCUGAAACAAAUCGGCGAAGGUGCUUACGGUUACGUUAAAAUGGCCUACAGACAUCAGGAUCGAUUGCUGGUGAUAACAAAGUUUAUUUUAAAAGAGAAACUGAUGCCACAUUGCAUGGUGCUAACAGAAGAAAAACGAAACAUUCCGAUGGAGAUUUACUUGCUGAAAACGGUCAAGCAUCCCAAUAUCGUCACGGUGUUGGAUGUGUUUGAAAAUGAGAAAUAUUUUCAAUUAGUUAUGGAAAAGCACGGGUCGGGCAUGGAUCUGUUCGAGUUUAUUGAUCGCCGGCCGCAUAUGGACGAAGUUCUGGCCUGUUACAUUUUUCGCCAAAUUGCCAAUGCCGUCGACUAUCUUCAUUCGAUGCACAUUCUUCAUCGUGACAUUAAAGAUGAGAAUGUGAUCAUCGAUCAACACUUUCACGUUAAAUUAAUCGAUUUUGGUUCAGCGACAUUCAUGGAAGAGGGUCGGUUGUUUUCAACAUUUUAUGGGACAACGGAAUAUUGUAGUCCAGAAGUUCUAGCUGGAAAUAAGUACGCUGGACCUGAGCUGGAGAUGUGGUCGAUGGGUGUAACGCUGUAUGUGCUUUUAUUCGUGGAAAAUCCAUUUUUGGACAUUGAAGAAACUUUGCGAGCGGAACUGAAACUACCACACAUUGUCAGCGGACCAUUGAACGAACUGUUGUUUUCAAUGUUGGAUAAGAAUCCAAAGACCCGAUGCACAAUGAAACAAUUGUUGGCCAAUUCGUGGAUUCGACAGGAAAUAAAUCCUGCAAUGUUCAAAUUCUCCCAGAUAGUGUCAUUGGUUGACCCGCAUGAGGCCAAUCCCGAUAAAUAUUAUACGGGACAGGUCUAUUCGAGCAAUACGGGUUUGUCGACGGCUUCACCACAUAGUUUAUCACUGGCAGAUGAAGACUCCGAAGAGGUUGAAAUCGAAGACGAAGAGGAAACGAGCCUACCGUCGCAGGAAGAAAGUUUUUGCGAUAAAUGCGCUAACAUAUCAACUAAUCUAACAAGAGCCGACUAUAUAUCCCGUGGCAAUAAGUUAGAGCUCUACCCGUCCGAAAUUGAAUCGAAAUCUGAAGAUGAUCCAGGAAAAGUUAAUGAGUUAUCUGAUGCUAUAGAAACGAUAUCAUGCAAGCAAUGUGGAAGAAAUAGAACAUCUAAAAUGACCUCGUAUAAAAUAACCAGCAUUUCGGAUUCGAUAUAGAAUUGGUUGGACAUUUAGGCGAAAUUGUUGAAUUAGUCCUAUUUGAACCAAAAAAACAAUAAAUGGUCGUUUUGUAACACUUGUUCUGAAUUGAUGUUAGUUUCAAUAAUUAGUAGAGGUUGACUUUGACUUUUAUUAAACUUUAAAAUUAGUUAAUCUUUAAUCUUCGUUCUAUUUUGCACUUUGUUGUAUAACAUUGCUUUUAUCGACCGAUUUUAACGAAAGUCAAGUCAAGCUCAACAUCAGUAGUUUCUUUGUUUUAAGAGGAAUGCACAACAAUUUAUUGGAAAUUAAAAAUAUCACAGAACUUCGUGUCUUUUGAUUUUCGUUUUGUUUCAACCGAUUAGUUAGCCUAAUUUUUUGUAGUUUCGUAGUUUUAUAAUUUGACUGAAAGUUAUUAGUAUUUUUUUUAUAGAUUUUUUAUUUAGAAAAAAUGCAAUGUGAUAGAUACAAUAUACAGAAACAAAAUUAUAGAAAAAUUCAAAUUAGAAAAAAAAAUUAUUUGAAAAUAUCGAUUGAACGAAAAGUUUCACACAAACAAGCAAAAUGCCAAAAUAAAAUUGUCCUAGUUUCCCUAGUCUUUUAAGAUAUAAAA